GGCAGGGGACAGCGACACAAACGCACACUACAUGGGGAGAGCCAGAUCGGGUAUGGAAGAUGACCGACCGAUAGUUUAUGACAAUAAAAUGCCGAGCUUCAUCAGCAGUUUUGACGAGGGGAAGGUGAAGUUGUCCCGCAACCUGCCGACAGAAACUAAUUUCGCCGAGGGUAAAGUUGAGAGGUCGGUCAGAGAUUUUAACCAUUGUGUCUCAAGCUCCAACUCGGCGUUAACCCUAAAUGGAGAGGAGACGGACUCAGAUGCAGAGAGGAGCGGCGAGGAGGAGGAAGAUGCGCAGGGCAACAUCAACAACAACAGCAACGGGGGAGGAGGAGAGAGGAGGAGGGCGAGCGCUGUCGAGAUUUUGAUGAGGAAUUUCGGGACAGCUGUUACAAAAUCCCCAUCUCUCCAUCUAAGUAACACCAGUCGAGUGCAAUAUAACACUGAUAAUGACAGCAACAAAGGGAACGUUAAUAGUGACUGUUGUAGCGAUCUGACAAGUGAAUGCGGCGACUGUGAAAAGUCAAACCGAGAGGCGGGCGAAGAGGAGACCAAAAACGAGCAAACCUUAAAUCGCCAAAGCGAAGUCACCACGUCGGAUUCACCAGGAAUUGAAUUUGAAACUGCUUCUGGCGACAGCUACCACGGACAUGACAGUAACAGCAACAAAAUCGCCGUGGACGAGUCUUUUCGUGUCAAAGAACACGUCUACUGCACGGUGUACUGCAUCGCCAACGAUAACUACAGACGAGGCGUUGAAAUCACGGACCGCCACGAUGAAACGCCGCCGGCUCCCUUAUCUUACGAUGAGGAAACGGAGCUGGAGACGCGCCAGGAUGCAAGUCCCAGCCCCGAGCCGGAGCCGUACACCCUGGAUGACCUGGUGGAUCCCAGUGCGGUCCAGAGCGGCAGACUGUCCCAGGAGCAGGCCGGUGCCGGGGCAGAGGUGCUGCUCUGCCAGGUGUGCCUGGAAGAGAAAACAAUCGCACCCCUACACUGCUGCAGGAAGGCCGUGUGUGAUGAGUGUCUGAAACUCUACGUCAGCUCCCAGGUGCGAGUGGGCAAGGCUUACAUCAGCUGUCCAAUCCUGGAGUGUAGAGGCUUCCUGGAGGAGGGAGUCGUGAUCUCCCACCUGGCCAGCGAGGAGGUGGCAAAAUAUCGCUACUUUGUGGAACUGAGCCAACUAGACACGAGCACCAAGCCCUGCCCGCAGUGUAGCCACUUCACCUCUCUGAAGACGCACAACGCCAACCGCACCGAGCACAAGUACAAGAUCCAGUGUAGCAAAUGCCAGUUUGUGUGGUGUUUUAAAUGCCACGCGCCCUGGCACAACGGACUGAAGUGCCGCGAAUACAGGAGAGGAGACAAACUGCUACGGAACUGGGCCAGCGUCAUAGAGCACGGGCAAAGAAAUGCCCAGAAAUGCCCACAAUGCAAGAUCCAUAUCCAGCGCACUGAGGGAUGCGACCAUAUGACCUGCAUGCAGUGUAACACAAACUUCUGUUACCGCUGCGGAGAGCGCUACCGACACCUGAGGUUUUUUGGAGACCAUACAUCCAACCUCAGCGUGUUUGGCUGUAGGUAUCGCUACUUACCUGAUAAACCACAUCUGAGACGUCUGAUCAGAGGCUCCGUCUGUGUCAGCAAAGUAGUGAUAGCUCCAGUGGUCAUUUUGCUGGUUGUGGUGCUUGGAGCCCUCUCACUGGUGAUAGGUUUGGUAGUUUUUCCAGUCUACUAUGUGUGUAAGAGGAGGAAGAAGCAGCACACUCAGGGCUUUGGACGAUGGAUCUGAGAGCCAAUCACACACUUCACCUCGUCCACGCCUGCACAACUUGAAAGACCACGUCCACACGGCCGCAGAGAUGGACACGCCCGCUUUACUCGUCAAAAAGGUCUGCGAGGUGAAUUCAGAGCCCGUUGGACCGGACCCGACAGCUUUUUUUUUUUUUUUUUCAGGACGCUGGGUAUUCAAGUAUCAAGGAAACAAAAAUUCAUACGCUUGAACUGAACUUGGCUUCUUGAUUCAUCACAGUGUUGAAGAGUCCUGGGCCCGUGAUGGCCCACAAGUGUUUGAAUCCCUUAAAGAGAUCCUGCAAUCUUCAACUAUUUCAAGAUCCUAUUGGUAUCAUGACUCAACAAGGAAGAUGUCUGAUUUGCUGACCACCUAAAAGAGACAUGCUUUUAAGGCCACAACCUAUUUCGCUGGAAAACAAGCUCCUACGAGACCUGUGCAUGCACCCUGCUGUCACCUAAAUGACAUCAACAGCGUUGGAAUGUGAGAAAUCCUCCUUUUUUUUUUUUGCUGUUUUCUUAUUUCAGCCCUUUUUCCACCUGUCUCUGUCUCUCAUUCCUCUCUCUCCAUCUCUUUUGUCUUUUUCCCUCUCCCCUCUUCCCUCCACCAUCCUCGCUAGUUGUGCUCAUGCACAGUUAGCCACGAUUACAUGGGGCGGGGAGCAUGAUAACUCAUGAAGCUGACUCUCUCUCUCUCUCUCACACACACACACACACACACACACACACACACACUCAUACACACAUACAGUCCCUGCCAAGUCCUCAGUGCUGUGCCCACAUAUGCCAGUAUUUGCAUCAUCAACGAAAAAACAUUCAGAGCUGCUGUGUGGUGAUUGUGCUAAAACAAAACCCUGAAUGCAGCCGGGUAGGCAGUCAGUAAGCCCUGUCCCUCCCACAAAUUUUUUGUUUUUGGCUUUUUCUUAUCUUUUGCUGAAGUUUUUUGAUCUUAGUGUGGUGUUGGUUUAGCAUGAGGGAAAUGGGCUUGGAUGCACCAGCUGCAGGAAUAAGCAUAGACUCCUAGGAGCCUAUUCAGACGUCCUGAUGCAAGGAAUCAAUACCAGUGAACACACUGCUGUGCAUGGUUCUCCUGCAAAGUAUGAAGUAUAUCUUGCCUGAUAUCUUAUGGGUCAAAAUUUGCUUUGGUUUCUCUAUUGGUCCAUAAAAAUGUUUGUAUGGUUUUCCAAAGGAUGUGAGGAUGCUGUUUUAAGAAAAAUAGCAAAUGGUAGGCAUGAGCAGAGAGGUUUCCCUGCGGUUGCUGUGCAUUGGAUUGAACACAUGAUUGAAUGUUUUGGAUGUUACCCUGUUGGACUCAGACAGUUGACACAGAGCGUUUUGCAGUGCUACCAAGCAGGCAGACUACCCAGCAAUUACUGCAUUUUAUAGAUUACAAGAUUAUAAGACAGAAUGCAAUAUUACAUUAAGUUUUGAAUCUUUGUUUUUGCAGUGAAAGGAAAUUGGAAGUGACAGCCAGUGUUUCCUGCUGGACAGUUUGGAUAAUGACCUUUAGUGCCUUCCAGCUUGCACACACACAAAUACACUCACUCCUUCACGCAUGUGACCACACACACGCAUACACACACACACACACACAUGGAAUGCUGCCAGGAAACAGGAGAUUUUCAAGAGCUUUAAAGGUUGUCACCCGGCAACAGCCAGCUUGCUGUCCUUCGCUCAUCCCUCCAUCCUCUCCUCUCACUUUCGGCCCUCCUUUCUUUCCUCUCACUCCUCUCCUUUCUUCCUGCCUCCUCCCUCUGUGCUUGAACACUGGACUUUCAUCACGCUGACCUCUGUCACCACCAGGAGGAAGAGAGGCUGACCAUUAUGCUUGAUUGCAAAACUAAGUGCAGAUCCACUGGCGCUAUGGUUGCUGCCCGGCCAUAAAAAAUAUGCAAACUGGAAGCUUCUGAGCCUGUGCUGUUGGAGAAUAACACAGAGCUACCUGUGUUUCUUGCUGUGGUCAAAUACAAGCCGUUUCCUCUUACCAAAGCUGUCAAAUUACUGCACCAUCCCUUGCACCCACGAAUGCCCGGGCUCCUCCAGGUCAAGGUCACGUUUUAUUGUAUUUUAUUACUCUUUUGUUUUUUAUUUUUGUCCCACAGCUCCAUAGGACAUCCUGUUAUUUAUGCCGUGAGAUGUUACAAAGACAUUUUGGUGGGCAGACACAUAAGAAAUACACCAACAAAAAGUCAGGAUGAGCACAAUACACCUCUGCAUAUGUGGGAUGUCACAAUGAGGAAAAAACGAGGAAUGAGGAAAAGUUUGGGGGGAAAAUGGUUACAAAUCUUGAUGCUGGUAAUGAUGGUAAGAGUUUGGCAUGAAAAACAUUCGUCCCUCUUUUGUCUUUAAUCGUGAGGACUUGGUAUACACGAAUAUUUAAACUGUAUGAUUAUUACCAAUGGAAUAUAUCGUGAAUGUUACUGCACAUUUCAUCUGUGUCUUGCAAAAUCACUGUAUCUUCAUGAAGGAGAGUUUUAAGGCAUCGAGGAAAAGCUGGUUUGAUGUUAAUGCAUUUUGGGCAUUUUACAGUGCACUGUCAGUGGCUUGGCUUGAUUGACAUGAAACAUUCUCUUCAUAUGAGAGAAAACGCCAAUUGUUAAUUAAAGUGACAUUGUAGGUGUAAGGUUUCUGUUACACUCAUGAGAGGUAGAGUGGAUUCUGGGCUGUUAAAUUCACUCUCAGGGAGUUUAUAUUCCGUUCACUAUGCCCAGAGUCCCUUGUCUGAAAAGAAAUGUGCCACUGUAAUUUCAAGACAGCACUAUAGUUCCCAAUGCUUCCUUUUGGAGUGUCUGCUCAACGCUGCUUAGCAACAAUGUUUCUUUCAAGGAAGUGAAAUUUUUAAUCGCUAUAGAAUCAAGAAAUCUGAACACGUCAGUGUCGCAACUCUCUUGCAUCAAGUUUCUACAAUGCCUGUCUGAUUGGCCACAUUGGCUGUUUCCCUGCCCAACUCAGCUAUGUUGUGAAUGAAGCUGAUGCUGAGUGAGGGUGACGGGGUUUGGGUUGGGGACUGAACAGGGAAACUAAAUCAAGAAAUAUUACAUUUAGCCAGUCAGCAUUUUGGAGUUUAAACUGCAUAAACCAUGCCAAACAAAAGCUUUGAAACUACCUUGUAACUGCUCAGUUUCAGCAUAUGUGUAUACAUGUUUGUAGUUGCUUGGAUGUUACUACACUGACAUAUGAUGUCAAAUUAAGUGAGUAAAAGUGUUUUGUUUGAAUGACAUUGUAACUGACAUCUUCAAAAACAUAUGAUGGACAGGUGCACUUAUGGCUGUCUGAAGUGCAGAGAAAUAUAUCAAAUGUGACCAGAACAUGGUAGGAAAUUACUUACAUCUUUUUGGCGGCUUUUUUCCAAUGCAUUUCUGCCAAAUACACAACCUUACAGUGUACACUGUGUACUUUAAAGCCUAUUCUUUACACUAACCCCCCCCCCCCUUAAUUUCUAGGCUUCUAUAGUCCAACUUAGUUGGCAUUUUCUUGACAGGCUAUUAAAUAUUGCUUUUUUCUUAGCUGACUUGCCUAGUUUGAUGAUGGACAAAUGUGUAAAUAAACAAAUGAGGCUCCUUUCAGGGUAAUCUUUGUCCUGGUCAGCCCCAAUGUUAAUAAUUUCCUAGCCUGAUGACCUGAUUCCCUCAAAGACCAUUUUGAAAUCUGGGGGUGGGAAACCAUGUGCUACUGCUGUAUACCAAGACAUACAACACACAAACUUUGAUCAUUUCACAGAUGACUUUCCAAGAAAAAGAAAAAGUGAAGAAUGAAGCUCAAGAAUCCAGAGGGAUAUAUGUAUCAAUUUAAUAUACAGUAUGUGGCCCUUUAUUGAUCCAGAGUCUAGUGUGGUAGCUAGCAGUGAGCUUACAGAUCAGUUUGUAAGCUGAUUAAAUUCAUUUCAUUCAUUCAUUCAUUCAUUCAUUCAUUCAUUCAUUCAUUCAUUCAUUCAUUUCAUUCAACAAUUGUUCUUGAAAUUGCCAACUAAUUUGAUAAUUAUUUGAUAAAUCUACCCAUUUAUGUGUUGAUGUCACAUAAGUCAUGUAUAUGUCAUUUGUCUCAGUGGAGUUUCCCACACCCUAAGUGUUUCAAAAGGGCUGCCAUGUAAAAAAAUGUCUAUUACACAGGCACAUCUACUGUAACAGGAUGUGGUGCUAUCCUUAGUCAUGAAUUAUGAGUGCUGUCCAUGUAAUGCAAUGUUAAUGUUAUGCCAUGAAGAAAUGCCACUACUGUUUUACUUUGUUGUUGGACUUCCUAGCUGACACAAACUACACAGCUGUAUGGGUAAAGCUGCUGGACACUGAGUUGAGACAAGUAAUAUUAUCUGUUUCCUGCUAGCAGCAAGAAGUUGCUAUGAGCAGGGCCUUUCAUGGCAGCCAUUUUGACAUGAAAUAGCAGGGUAAGCACAGAUGUUGCUGAUUAACUAUGGUUCUGUUCCAUUCAGGUCUAAUGGAGGUGCUGCACAUGCUGGCUCUGUGGAAACACUCUGGUACACUGAGAUGUAAUUUAGCCUCACUUGAUGUCAUUAGUAAUACCUGUGUUUACCCUGCUAUUUCAUGUCAAAAUGGCUGCUGUGAAAAGGGUCUAUAAAUUAAUCCAUUUAUGUGGUAUAUUAGCUAGCUUGCUUUAGGCCAUUUUAAUGUUGAUACAAUCACAAUUAUAUGACAAUGUAUCGGUGCCUUCACAGCCACUCUAGCGCAGUGGUUUCCAGCCUGUGCUCCAGGACUCAUGGCCAUCAACAAUUCCAUAAACUAAAAUGGACGUGCCGGCUCUUUCAAAGAGUUUGUGGCAAACGAAUCGGAAAGAGACCAAGAUCUCAAAACGAGGUACACUGUGACUCGCCUUGCCAUUUUAAACACGUAGUCUGUAGAGCGAAGAUUAACAUUGACGUUAAAGUAAAAAAAUACAAAUAUGGAGCCAUUGCAGGGCCCAGUUCAUAGAUAAAAAAAAUAUGCAGUACAAUCAGGUCUACAAUUAGCAGUCUGUGUUUUGCCUAAAUGUUCUUUUUGUAUGUAAAGAUUCCGCCUAACUUCUAAAAUUUUUUAGGUUACACAAUCCAGAGUCUCAGCUAUAUUCCAAAUACUCUUGUAGCUUUGCACAACUUAAAUGGUCACUUUAUCCUGGCUUAUUCCAACGUCAGUGACACAUAUAUCACACAGUACGUUUAAACCACCCCUACACAAACAGAGAAAAAGGAGAAACAAUAGCAAGAGGGAGGGAGAGGGGAGGAUGGAGACAGAGGAAGAGAAAUAAUUGUGAUCCAGGAUUUAUUUUGAGAAUCCCGAAUGUUGUAUUUUAUGUGUUGGCGCCCCUGAGAAGGAGAGUCAAAAGUUGUGCUCAGUAAGGCAACUUUUGACUAUACACUAAUGAUUUCAAGGGGGACCUCCAUGCAAUGAAAUGUCUUAAACUUGAUAACUUGACUGUGCUAAUCCAUGGGCUUUCUUCACACAAGUAAAAGUAAGACCAUGGUCUUCCACCUACUGCCACUGUUACACUGCUGCUGACACUGUUGUGGUUUAAUGCUUAGAGACAAACACUGUUUUCAUCUUAAGUUUUGAUGGAGAAUAAACUAUACUGGGUCAAAU